CCCCCGGCAGACCCCUAAGCCUGGGGGCGGAGGUGGCAUCCCUGCAAUGUGCUUGGCAUCGCCUCCCCCGGGCUGGCACCCACUGACGUCCAUGUGAUCGAGGGGCUGCUCCAUUCCGCCGCUGGGUCCAGCCACUGUGACAGCAAGGGAGCCAGAAGGUCGAGCCGGUGUCCCUGGUGGAGCGUCCCCAGCACCAAGGACGGUCCCCUGGCACCAGCUGGCGCACCCAGGGUCCUCCCUGCCAUGAUGCCCCGCAGGAAGAGGGACCCUGUCCUGCUCUCUGACACCAAGCUGCCCGGCACCAACGGCGAGGGUCCCCACAGCGGUGGGGACGGCCAGCGAUCUGCAUCGGAGGAGGAGGGCUACCUCCCCAGCCUCCCCUGUGAUGACCUUGCCAAGAGCAUGUCGGGCUCCUCCGUCUCCUCCUACCACUCCGCCCUGUGCUCAGAGGGAACUGAGACCUUCAAGGACUGCCUGGAGUUUCUGGAUGAGGAGGGGACAGCCCUCCGGGAUGGGGCGCGGCGGAGUCGCUGUGCCGAGGGGGCUGCCCCGGGACACUGGGCUCCAGCGGGGGCCCCCCGCGUCCCUCCGCCGCCUGGCCCCCUCGCCCGCCCGCAGCAGGCUCAGCUGUCCAUCAUGGCUAAGAAUAGCCUGGCACCGGGGCAGGGGGGCAGGAUGGGUCCCCUCAGCAGGGACCGGCAGCCUGCCACCACCACUGCCGGCAGCGGGGAGCUGGCUCUGCCCCGACAGCCCGGGGGGAUGCUCGGUGGAGCGCCCAGUGAUUCAGAUGAGGUGGACGGCGAAGUGCAGGCGCUGACAGCCAGGGCUUUCCGCAGCCUCUCAGGUCCCCCCGGCGCCCGCCUCGACAUGUGCAGCUCCCACACCUCCUCCAGCCUCUCCAAUUCACUGUCGGAGGAUGGCGGGCGGCCACGGCGGUGGCUGGCAGCUGGCGGCGAGUCCCAGGGCACAGUGCUGCUGGGUUUGCUGGGGAAGGAGCAGUUUGAGUGUGUGGACGUGGAGCUGGAGAGUGGGGAGGCCAGGAAGGGCCACUGCAAGAAGAGGACCGUCCCCAAGCGCCAGAUCCUGCUGAAGAGGAAGGAGAGGAAGGAGACAAGUUUCGGCCCCUGGGAUGAUGGCCUGGCCCCCCAACCCUUGCCCCCGCCCAGGAAGGAGCCCCCCAGCAAGGGCAGGGCUGUUGGAGACAACUUCAGGCUCAACUACAAACAGUUCAUGAAGACAGCCUCCCUGGAUGCUGAUGCCAGCAAGACCAGGGCGGCCUCUUGCCUUGUGAAAAAUGUCCUUGCCAAGAAAAUGCAGUACGAGCAGAGGAUCAAGAUGGAGCAGAAGGGGCUGUGGGGCAGCUCGACCUCCUCAGGGCCAUCUUCCGCUGGCACCGACCUGCUGGGGGAUGGCCUGGAGGGCAAGUCCAGCUCACUCUCCCGCUCAGACUGCAGCCUCUCAGCUGAGGACCUGCAGGGUGGUGGGAUGCCAGUGGCUGCGGUGGCCAUGGGGGAUGACACCACAACCUGUCCCACCAAGGGGGUGGUGCUGAGUGAAGCGACGAGGGAGAGCGUCUGCAAGCUGAAGAAAACCUUCAAUGAACUCAAUGAGAGGAUGAAGUACCAGGAGGUGCUGGAGGGCCACCGGCUGCCCAGCGCCACCAAGGAGCCAGUGGUGGAGAGGAUCUGCUACCAGCGAGCACGUGCUUUGUUUGAAGCCCACCCUGGGGUGGGGAAGGCACUGGAUGUCGCCCCCAGAUUUGAGAGAGUGCCAAAGCCAUGGCCCAGCUUGAAGCAGCGAGCCAUACGCCCCAGCCACUCCCAAACCCUCCCCUUUGAGACCGACAGCCUGGCACUCCCCGCCACGCUACCCCGACGCCUCUUCACCUCCCGGGCGCAGGAGAUGAAGCUGGUGCCACAGAGCCGGCAGGAGGAGAAGCCACCAGCAGUGCCCCGCCAGCCACCCAGCCCUGGCACCCCAGCCCGGGAGCCCCUGCUCGCUGCCCCCACCAAGCCAGAAGAUAAGGGGAAGGGACGCGUCCCGCAGCCCCGUGAUGUGCGUAAGCUGGUGAAGAGCAGCUACAGCCUCUGCUUCGGGACUACCGGCACAUCCCAUGGCACCAGGGCACCAGUCAGCAGCGGGGGACCGCCACCGGCCACCCCGCUUGUCAUCCACUGCACCUCAGUCUGCCGCCAGGAACCAGCAAUGGAGCCAGGAGACGGGGAGGUGCUGGCAGCUGCCAGCCAAGAGCCAACCCCAGCACAUGCUGAGGGCCCUGCAAAGCUUGCUGGUUGCCAGCCCUCACCUACCCAAGGCUCCCCCAUCCACAUCACAAGAAUCCAGGCCACACGGAGGGGGGUGGUGGCCACAGAGAGGCCACCAGCAUCCCCCCAACACCGGGAGCGGAGCGAGCUCAGGGUGCCACCGCGAGCACCGACGGCUGAAGGGGUGCCGCAUGUGGAGACCCACCUCCACGUCCUGGUGGGCCAGCGGCCCCCGGCGGUGGACGGGAAGGGCUCCCCGGCUCAGAGCAGCACCAUGCUGCGGACAGAGAAGACUAUUCUUGUCCCACCACCACCACCAAGUCCCAUGGAGGGAAAGGACGGACAAGGCCAUGGCUGCACCAGAGGACACCGCACUGCCGAGCGACCCGAGUCAACAGUGCAGCAGCAUGGCAGCAGUGACAGUGGGGACCCCCAAGCCAGAUCCCCAGCCGGCAGCAGCAUGCACCCACAGCCUGGGGAACCGGUGGAGAAAAGCAUACUGAAGGCAGCCGUGAGUGAGCAGGUAGCAGCAGGGAGCAGCAGCUCUGCAGGCAGCACCGGCCCCACUGCCCCAGUCCGAGAUGGGGAGGCUGGCAAAGGUCCCUCUGGCCAGCUGCCAGAGCGGAGGGAGGCCUGGGAGCAUUUACCGAAGUGGCCUGCAGCCACCGAGCCAUACCUUCCUGCUUCACCAGCAGAGAACUCCAACUACCUAGCAAUUCCUGUGAAAGCCCCCAAAUCCUCUCCGAUGCCAAAGCUGCCCUCAGUUCCCAACACAUCCAGCAUGUCCUUUGGGACCCCCAUGGUCCCUAAGCCAGCCACCACACCUUUUGGGACCCCCUCAAUCCCUAAGCCAGCCAGCUCAUCCUUUGGGACCCCCUCAGUCCCCAAGCCAGCCAGCACAUCCUUUGGGACCCCCAUGGUUCCUAACAUGACUAACUCAUCUUUUGGCUACCCAUCAGCCUCCAGCCUGGCCAGCACAUCUCUUGGGGCUCCAUUGGUCUCCAACGCCACCAACAAGUCUUUUGGGACCCCCUUGAUCCCCUACCCUGCCAGCGCAUCCUUUGGGACCCCCUUGGUCCCCAGCCUGGGUGGUGUACCCUUUGGAACCUCCUUCAUCCCUAACUCAGCAAAUACAUCCUUUGGGACCCCCUUGGUCCCCAAUCCAUCCAGUACAUCCUUUGGAACUCCCUUGGUCCCCAAUUCAUCCAGUGCGCCCUUUGGAAACCCCUUGAUCCCUAACUCAGCCAACACAGCCUUUGGGACCCCCUUGGUCCCCAACCCAUCCAGCGCAUCCUUUGGGACUCCCUCAGUACCUAAUCUGGCCAACUCAUCUCUUGGGAUCCCCAACCCAGCCAGCUCAUCCUUUGUGUCCCCUUUGGUCACAAACCCAGUCCCCACUUCUCUUGGGCACCCAUCAGUCUCCAAUGUGGCCAGCUCAUCCUUUGGAUCCCCUUUGGCCCCUAACCCAGCUGGCACUCCAUUGGAGACCAGUGUGUGUCCCCUGACCAGUGAGGAAGCACCUGGAGCAAACCCAGCCCUGAGGCCCCCUGAGGGCCUGGCUGCUGGGGAGCACCUGGUGCCAUUGCUCCCAGCCCAGCCCCAGCCUCGCCUCGAGGAUGCUCCCCAUUUCAUAAGGAGGACCGAUGGUGCCUCACCGAGCAGUAAGAGCACACCAAGCCCCACCAAGCCCUUUGCCCCCCACCUGCCCAUGCACCGGAAGAUGCUUGUUGAUCCUGACAGUGGAAAAUGCUACUACAUGGAGCCACCGCGGCAGCCCCAGCUGAAAACACUCUAUGACCCUGAGACGGGGCAGUACUUGGAGGUGCUUGUCCCACCGGUGGCAUCGCAUGCUGGGCUCUACCAGGCUCCUUUCAACCCCCUGGUCAUGGCCCCAGGGGUCUACGCUCCACCCUAUGUGCCCUACAACAGUUUCCCAGGGCUCCCGGCAGCCCCGCCACCCACUGCCCCCUCCCCGGUGCAUGCCGACCUGCCAGCUGCCAAAAACCCCAGCUUCUCCAGGACCUUCAGCCCCACUCCCAAGGGCGAGGGGCCACCUGCUGCCGGGGGUCCUGACUGUGGGUACCUGGACAGCCUGUACUACAUCCCCACGGGGAUGCAGGCCAGCCCCGGCCCCAGCCCCAGCCAGCCCCCUGCCCGUGCCAGCCCUGCCAGGCCUGAGAAGGGACCACUGCUCCAGAUGUGACAGUCCUCGGCCAGGGACAGACCCGUGUGGCAUGUCCCUUCCCAUGCAGCUGGGCUUUCACCCCAAAAUUAGCAUCAUCCCCUGCACAGGAGAGACCCCCUGCCUGCAGCUGAGCUGGCAAAGCUUUGAGGGGUAAUGGGCACCAGCUGGA